AAUUUUUAUUUAUAAGUUACAAUUUAUAUAACUUACAAUUUUAUACAAAAAGAAAGAAAUCGACGUUAGUUGUAUCUCACCUUAUCUAUCUUGUUCAUCUAAUUCUAUCUGAUAAAAUAAAAACGCGAAGCAGAGAGAGACACUCACAUGGCCAUGGCAUCUGUGUCUCACCAACUCAGUGUCGUAAAGUGGACCCCACUUCUAUGGAAACCAACACACUCACAGAAACAAAGGCGCGGUGUUCUUCCUAUUGUCUGUUCCAUUGCAAUUUCAAGCGCUCAGAACAAAGAGAGAGCAAAGCUUAAAGAAAUCUUCGAAGAUGCUUAUGAGAGGUGCCGCACUGCUCCAAUGGAAGGUGUUGCGUUCACCCUUGACCAAUUCACUGAAGCUCUUGAAAAGUAUGAUUUUGAGUCUGAAGUUGGAACUAAGGUUAGAGGCACUGUGUAUGGCAUGGAUUCUAGUGGAGCUUUUGUUGACAUUACCUCAAAGUCUACUGCUUACUUGCCGCUGCGAGAGGCAUCCAUCCGCAGAAUUAAGCAUGUAGAAGAUGCAGGCCUAAUUCCCGGCGUGAAAGAGGAAUUUGUAAUCAUUGGUCAAAAUGAAAUUGAUGAUGGCUUGAUCUUGAGCUUAAGAUCUAUUCAGUAUGACCUUGCAUGGGAAAGAUGUCGGCAACUUCAGGCAGAAGAUGCUGUUGUCAAGGGUAAGAUUAUUGAUGCAAAUAAAGGUGGUGUGGUGGCUGAAGUGGAAGGCCUUAAGGGGUUUGUUCCAUUCUCACAGAUGUCAACGAAAUCACCGGGAGAAGAGAUUCUUGAGAUGGAGAUUCCUCUAAAGUUUGUGGAGGUGGACGAGGAACAGUCCAGGCUUAUCCUUAGCCACCGCAAAGCCGUGGCCGGCAUCCAAGGACAACUAGGAAUUGGAUCAGUUGUUGCAGGCACUGUGCAAAGUCUGAAACCAUACGGUGCCUUUGUUGACAUUGGUGGAAUCAGUGGCCUUCUUCAUGUCAGUCAAAUCAGUCAUGAUCGUAUAUCUGAUAUUGCGACUGUUCUUCAACCUGGUGAUAUUCUGAAGGUUAUGAUCUUAAGUCAUGAUCGCGAGAGAGGCCGUGUAAGUCUUUCCACCAAGAAGUUGGAACCUACACCUGGUGACAUGAUUCGUAAUCCAAAGCUUGUCUUCGAGAAGGCUGAGGAGAUGGCUCAGACAUUCAGACAGAGAAUAGCGCAAGCCGAAGCCAUGGCUCGUGCUGAUAUGCUGAGGUUCCAGCCAGAGAGUGGAUUAACUCUCAGCAGUGAUGGGAUCUUAGGACCACUUUCUUCAGAUUUGCCUCCAGAGGGACUGGAUCUGAGUGAGAUACCACCAGCUGAAGAUUAAUGAUUGAGGGAAUUCAAAUGCCUUUUACCUUUUUGCUUUUGUUACACCUUGCUCUAUGUAUUGUUGUAGAAUGAUAAACCUAAUGUUGUCUUUUCUUUUGGUUUGAUGUAUUCAUCUUUCCUCAACAUCGUAAAAUUGAAAAUAAAAAAACAAAAAUAUAUUACUCUGUACCUAUUUUGAUGAAACUAUUGAAUAUCAGAAACUGUAA